AUGGCUUUCUCCUUCCAAUCCGGCGACCAUCUUAUGAAGGAUAUUCGGAAGGAGUUGCAGCGUGCGAUGCAAAACAGAUAUGAUGCCAACAAGAAAUUUCUACCUCGCAGCAGCCUCGAAGGCAUCUGGCUGCUUGAUCGCCUGAAAAAGAUGGCACAGCAUUACAGAGCUUUCAAUCUUGCGGAUAUUCCCAUCAUUCGUGCUCAAUUCAUGCAGACAAUCUCGAUACUGAUCUACAUCAGGUGGAAUCAGUGGGACAACUUCCGCCUCAUCUUUCUUGAAUAUCCACAUCGUUCGGAUGGCAACUUAUUGACGCACGACUACCAGACGCUCAGCGAUGAAUCUUUCCUGGGAAGCUGGGGGCAAAAGUUUCUUGACAAAAGAUACCUCUUUUGUCCUGUUGACAUUGUGGAAGGGACUAUCACGCAGUACACCCAACGCCACCGGCUACCAUUUCUCGACAGCCACUUCAAGGACGCAAAACGAGCCUAUACUGCGCCUAUUUCUGGUACAGGCUUCUCUGCGCGUGCUAUCGCGACCGAGCAUCUGCAUUUACAACCUAACCGUGGAUGUCAUCGUGGAACAUAUAUCAUUCUUUGCAAGACUAAUCGGAACCAGUCUGCUUUCUUAAAGGAAAAAGAAAAUCUAAGAUUGUUAAGGGAUGUAUCGCUUCAGCAUGACCGAAUCAUGCCCUACCUUGCAAUCAUUACUACCGGCGAUGUAUCCAAUAUUCUGUAUGAGCUGCCUGACAUGGAUCUUGGCAUGUUACUUUCAGAGCAGUCGAAAGACGUUCCCCUUCAUGACCUAGUUUCUGAGUCCUGCAAACUUGCCAGCGCUCUACAAUAUCUGCAUCAGGAGCGUGGCGGGUCGAAAUCGGCAAACAUCUGUUGCCACAUGGACUUAAAACCUUCGAAUAUUCUUGUUUUCAAAAGCUGCUAUAAUCGCGCUGGGAAAUGGAAAAUCUCAGGGUUCGGCUUUUCCACUAUAAGCCCGGCGCAUCUCGAUGGAGACCACUUUCCGCCUCCGGACGGUAUAACAUUGCGUGGAACGUACCAAUCACCUGAAAUAUUUCACGGGAAUAUAGUUGGGCGAAAGACUGAUGUAUGGUCACUUGGAUGCAUAUUGGUUCGCGUCCUCGCAUUUGGCCUCGAUGGCGCUCGUGGGCUGAAGUACUUGGAUUACAGACGCCGCUUGUUAGACGACGGAAAGUCAUAUUACGAGCAUGAUGCCUUCCACCGAGGGAAUCCACCCGAACUCAAUCCACGUAUCGAGUCUUGGGUUAAAGACAUACCUGGAAAAGCGAAUUCUCGAAUGCCUUGGGGGACGUGCUUGAUAUUUCACGACAUACUUCUCCGCGCUCUUGAUGUUGAUCCGGUAUCUCGAUCCACUGCGCAGGAAAUCUACCAUGAACUCAGAAAUAUCCUCCGUAUCUUGGCCACUCCUACGCCAUCCGACAAUUUAAGCCUGACUGAUAUGGAAUCUGAUUCAUUGCAUGGACCUUCCCAUACCACCGAGAACAUAAAUGACGACACAUCCUGGCCGUAUUCGACUGACCAGCAGCUAAAAGAAGCCGAAAAACGUUGCCAUCCCUCGCUCUAUUUCGGCCCCAUAUGGGAACGGGAUACUAUAAUGCCUGAUCUUAGGCCGAGGCACGCAGCGGCGGAAGGCUUGAACUUUCAAGAGAAUAUUUUGCGCGAAGAAUACCACGGCUUUUUGAAGGCGAUUCAAGAAAACCUUGAAGACCCAAACCCGCGCGUGGAGUAUCAUAGCGUCCUAAGGACUAUUCAAGACGAAGAAGACAAUACUGAUAAGCACUACAGUGAUGACACCAUCGAGAGCCCUGCAACUGAAACAUCCGCCAAAGUCUCUCUCAAAGCUACGGAAUGGUCCUUUGAGUUCUGCCUGGUCUGUGACCGACAGACUCUGGGUGCACCGUACUGCUGUCAGUCGUGCAGACUUGCGGAUCUUGAAGUCUCUCAUGGGACACCGGCAAGCCUACCGCAGUCCUCCGUGUUUGACACGCGCAGUGGAGGAGCGUAUACGUCAACAGCGACCACUUCUCAGGCCCAAACCAACGCAGAGAGACGACUACCUACCUCGAAUGCUCUGCAGGUUUCGGAGCCUAUUUUACAAGACAACCUGAGUUCGAGAUCUGAAAGCAGCUCUCCGGCUCCAACCUCUGAGGUGAGAUUGGAGCCUGAGCUUGAACUAAACACCCUUUUACCAGAAGACGCAGUUGAUGCGGAGACCACAUUUUCCACAGGUUCCGGGGUAGACGAUCGACAACGCCGCUACAUUCGUGUGUUCAUUGAUCGCUUGGCUCAUGAUAUCAAGCAUGUAUCGAAAUUAUCCACCCUUUCAGAAGUACCAUCCUCGUACCUGGGCUCCUUGUUGAAAGUGUUUUCGUGGAAGCUUCAUGCAGAGUCCAUUAACCCAUUCCAAUGGGAAGCAUCUGUUAUUCUUCGCCAAAAGCAGACGGAGAUACUUGACCUACUGAUUUUGGAGCCUCAGGAAACCGAGAAUGAACACAGCAUUGGCCUUGAAUCUGUCAGUAGCCAGGAGGGCCAGGAGGGUUAUAGCGGGCUGUCGGAACACAGAACAUUCACAAAACCUCCAGACAUUCUUUCCAACUGGAUUAGCAACCUUGAAGUUCCAGUUUCAAGCCCUGGCGAACAACCCUCAGCCGGCUUUUCCCCCAGCCAAGAAGAUCUCACUGGAGAUCUGACUACUGGUCGUGCUUCAGCAAGAGACGAGCACUUCUCUCAACUGCCAGAUUACGAAAGGUUCAUCUGCGCAUCGGAUGCCUACCAAUGGCUCUUGCUCAAAAUACAUCAGCACGGGAAUGUCACACUCAAUGAUCCGAGCGUAGUAUCAAAUAUAGGCAAGACACUCAGAAACAGGCUACGCGCACAGAAGGGGCUGCACAGAAUCAGCCGUCGGAAGGCGUCGUUGGUGUCAAUGACCUUCACAGUUGAUUGGAGUCCAGUGCAGUAUUUCAAGGACCUGGGGGUUGACAUACCAGCCCCGAACGUCCUCGAAAGCGUUUUAUGUCUAACGGGCACUUGGAACGAAGCGCAGGCGACGACCGCUGUUGAAUACUUACGACAAACUUGGCCCAUUUCAGGGCAACACCUUAUUGCUUUGAUGCACCAGCUCAUCGAGCUGCCUGAAGGGAAAGAACUCUAUUACCAUCUUCCGGGGCCGAAGGGUGCGGAAGUUCGAGCGCAGAUUCAGCCCACAGGAACGUGCUGUGUAUCUGUCAUUGGCAGCCCUUACUUUGUUGCUGAAUUAGGCGAACAAAUUGGGUGGCUUGCGUCAGCAUUGCAGGUACCGCAAGGUUACAUGCAAGGUGUCGUAGCCUGCUCACCUGAUAUAACAGAUCUUGUCGUUAGUGAAGACAACAGGGACCAUUCAGUUGUUGCUGUGGGUUCCUGCCGCUUAGUUCUCGGCUUCAUGGAAAAGCCCAAGAUUCAAAGCGCCGCCCACGGUUUCUGUUGGGGACCUCUUUUUUCUAACCAGACCCUGGUCAGUGGCUAUCCGAUUCUGCAAAGACAGGCGGCAAAUACAGGCCUUGAAAUGUCAUUGAAUCUUAUGACUGCGUUGAUCCGCACAAAGCAGGUUGUGCAGUGGGGGGAAAGGGUGAUCAUGAAAGGAUUCAGCUGGCUUGCCAUUGCGACUUUUUGUACUAGCGGCACUACUUUAUGGCAUCUCUUGACGAGCGCCAGCGCUCAUGAAAGGAUAUCAUACAUCGAUCCUCGGCUGGAUACUAUGGGCAUCCAAGAGUCAGAAAAGACUUUGCUUCGAUCCCUUGAAGGAAGCCGUCAUAUUGUCGGGUGGUGCUCCAAUGCGAUAGAGUACUGCGGGCAUGCAGCGGCCCUGCAGAACAUUUCAGCGUCCGGACUGCCGAUCCCGCCGCCAUCUAUUGUCAUUGACCGGCUUUAUCUAGAAGGAGGUGCACACCUCGUUGGGGGGUUCAACAUGUGCAUUAACAAAAAGGAGCGACCAUUCUGGCUUCAGCGUGAAAGCGACUAUCCAAGCCUGAUUAAGUGGAUUAGCUUACAGCCUAUCGUCUUCUACGACACCUCAGAAUGCCGAGCGUGGCUUGUUGAUGGCGUAUCUGCACUCCUUCAUCUCGUGCGUAUCUCUUUGAAUCUCGACGAAUCAGACCCAGAGUCCCCAUAUGAUUGGGUUUCCGAGCCCAGUAGACUCAAAGACACCUGGAAUGGUUCCUGCACCGGACGUCUUACCGCGCUGAAGACACUGACAUGCUGGGACAACCUCAAACUGCCAGUGUACGUCAAGGAUUGCAUAGAUCGCGGCAACCAACCACCUGAAUUACACUUCUCGACGCUCGGAGAUCGAAUCCAAAAGAUUCUACAUUCACUAGAGAUCCUCCUCGACAGGCAAGUGAAGGCUGCCUCUCAAGACGGCAUCAAGAUUUCACAGACUCUCAACACGCACAGGGGCAUCGUCGGCUUCGACAUCCUAGACGUCAUUAACCCCCUCGGCCCCAUCCAGACUCGCAUGAAAAUCCUUCCCUCGCACACUCACGGCUGGAUAGACUUUGUCCAGUCCACAGGAGUCACCACUAUCUUCGGCAGCGGAUUUGGCGAUCUGAUCAGACCAACAGAUCCAGACGCCGUCUGCGCCCGCUGGAAAUCCGUCCCCAUGGGCAUGGACUAUCUAGCGACGUCAGUCUCCACGCUGAACAUGCUGCACGAGAAACGACUUCAAAGAUUAGAACCGGGCCUCGGAUUGGGCGAGAUGACCAACAAAAUCUUGUGGAUCUCUCCAGAAAACCAGCCGUUCAAGACCUGCGAGUGCCUUUGUGGCCCAGCGAGCGCCGCACUGGAUGCGCGCUGCCACCUCCACCCCGUGCAGUAUCUUGUCUCAAAGAAGCCGUGGAAACCAAACAUUCUCCCACGGGGCUCAGCGCCAGUUAACCUGAUGAAGCUUGAGAAAAAGGGUGCCGUGGUCUUUGGCCAUUUAUCGGCCCUAGGUCGAUGGAGAGAACACGCUGCUGAAGCUGGCGAGGCUGCUCCAACGGCUGGGACGAGUACAGACGCAUUGCCUGCGCCCGUACCCCGAUCGCACCGGCCGACUACUGAGGUAGUAGUCUUCGGGAUGCACAUCUACGGGGUCGACGGAGAUUACGCAGCCGAGUCUGGCAUCGGGAUCGUCUAG